GUUUAGUUCUGAGUGAACAUGUACCGACAGCGAUGUUGGUCGCUAGUUUGAACGACGAGUCGGUUCGGGAGGAGAGCGGUCGGUUCGUCGCGGCGUCGCUUAACGGAAAAUGGAGCCAAAGAAAGCUAGCUAGCAAAGUUACUGUGUACAGUAGAUAGCUGCGUGCGCGCGCGUGUGUGUGUGUCUGUGUGCGCGCGCACCCGCGUGUGUGUGUGUGUGGAGGUGUGAAGUUGGUUCAUAUCGGAGCUGCGGGUAUUUUACCAGUCCGAACAGAUCUGGAUAGAGAAGGACUGAUAACUGGGUGCUGGUUUUGAUACAGACCCGAGGCGCUCGGUGUGGAACAUGUUCUACUGGAGCUCGAUGGUUUUACGGCUGAAACGUGAUGCCGCCGUUUGCUGAGGCUGGUUUGGUAAGAUGAGAUGAUCCGAGCUGCUCGUUCAUUCCUGCUUCAUCAGAACACACUACACACACUCAUCGGUCUGCUCCAGGAAGUUCUCACCAGGUUCAAGUGUGAAUAGUUUGAAGUUUUACACAGGACGAAACUCUACUAAACGUCAGUCUUGCUGCUGGAUCUACAUUAGGAAUCAGGAAACGCUUCACAGCUCCAGCUUCAUGUUCUGAAUGAUCACAUACAGUUUAAGGUGUUUGGAAGAAAUCUGCAGCUUCUGAGGGAAGACAGGGCCUGAGGUUUUGUUUUCUGACCUCCACUCUCUCUGAUGGAGCUGCGUCUGGCCUCCUUGCUGCUCGUCAAGCUGCUGACCCUCCUGACCUCCAAGCCGGCGCCGUCCCAAGGCCAGAAUGUGUACACCAACUCGUGGGCCGUCCACGUCGGCGGAGGAGAGGAGGAAGCCGACCGCAUAGCCCAAAAACACAACUUCGUUAACCUCGGCAAGAUUUUUGGAGAAUACUAUCACUUCCGGCACCGCAGGGUUGUGAAAAGGUCUUUAUCAGAACACAGAGGAACACACGUCCGCCUGCACAGAGAACCCCAGGUGAAAUGGGCAGAGCAGCAGGUGGUGAGACGCAGGAAGAAGAGGGAUGUUUACUCAGAACCAGUUGACCCUAAAUUUGCCCAGCAGUGGUAUCUGUACAAUAGCAACCAUCGCGACCUGAAUGUGAAAGAAGCCUGGAAGCAGGGGGUUACCGGCCAGGGUGUGGUGGUGUCCAUAUUAGAUGACGGGAUUGAAAAGAACCAUCCGGACCUGGAGCGGAAUUAUGAUCCUGAUGCCAGUUACGAUGUGAACGAUGGAGACCCGGACCCUCAGCCUCGAUACACCCAGCUCAAUGAUAACAGGCAUGGAACCCGAUGUGCUGGAGAGGUUGCUGCAGUCGCCAACAACGACAUCUGUGGUGUCGGGGUGGCCUAUAAUGCCAAGAUCGGAGGAGUCCGCAUGUUGGAUGGAGAAGUGACCGAUGUGGUGGAGGCUCAGUCUCUCAGUCUCAACCCUCAGCACAUCGAUGUCUACAGCGCCAGCUGGGGGCCCGAGGAUGACGGCAAGACCGUGGACGGUCCAGCCAAACUGGCCAAGGAGGCUUUUCUGCGAGGAGUGACCGAGGGUCGAGGCGGACUGGGCUCCAUCUUCGUGUGGGCGUCGGGUAACGGCGGCCGGGAGAAAGACAGCUGCAACUGCGACGGCUACACCAACAGCAUCUACACGCUGUCGAUCAGCAGCAGCACGCAGUACGGUAACGUGCCCUGGUACAGCGAGGCCUGCUCCUCCACCCUCGCCACCACCUACAGCAGCGGAGGACUCACCGAGAAACAGAUCAUCACGACAGACCUGAGGCAGAAGUGCACAGACUCCCACACUGGCACCUCGGCGUCGGCUCCGCUGGCUGCUGGCAUCAUCGCCCUCGCCCUGGAGGCCAAUAAAAACCUGACGUGGCGGGACAUGCAGCACCUGGUCGUGAGGACGUCUAACCCCGCCCAUCUGAUCACUAACGACUGGAAGACCAACGGCAUCGGACGCAAAGUAAGCCACUCUUAUGGCUACGGCCUGCUCGAUGCUGCUGCCAUUGUGGCCCUUGCCAGAAACUGGACCAAUGUGGGCCCCCAGCAGAAGUGUGUGAUCUCCAUGGUGUCGGAGCCCCGGAACAUCGGCACCCACCUGGUGAUCACCAAGAGCGUGGACGCCUGCCUGGGAAAGCCGAACUUCGUGAGCUCUUUGGAACACGUGCAGGCUCAGCUCACUCUGUCCUACAACCGGCGUGGAAACCUGGCCAUCCACCUGAUCAGCCCACAGGGUACCCACUCCACCCUGCUCGCCCCCAGACCUCAUGACUAUUCUUCGGAAGGUUUUAACGACUGGGCCUUCAUGACCACCCACUCGUGGGACGAGGACCCGCGGGGCGAGUGGACCCUGGAGAUCGAGAACGUAGCCGAAAGCAACGACUACGGGACUCUGACCCAGUUCACCUUGGUCCUGUACGGCACUGCGUCCACCUCAGCUGGAUCAUCCACACCAGACUCGAACCCGCUCCCUGAAGACGGCUGUAAGACAGUUGACCUCAGUCAGAUAUGCACAGAGUGCAACCCAGGCUUCUACCUGUAUCAGCAGAUCUGUGUGCGCGAGUGCCCGGCAGGCUUCACCCCCGUCCCCCAGCCCGAACCUCCCUCUGAUAACGAGCUGGAACCCGUCCCGCACCCGGCCUGCAUGCCGUGCCACGAACAGUGCCUCACCUGCAGCGGCACGGGGCCGAAAGCCUGCCUGUCCUGCCCGCCCCACAGCCACCUGGACCCUGACACGAGCACCUGCCUACACCAGAACCAGAUCCUGCGAGAGUCUCCCGACGCCGGUUUGUACUCGCCUCGCAACAGCGCCGCGUCCAACGGCCUCGACCAGAAGCUCUCGACUAGCCUGCCCGUCGCCGUGGCGGUGCUCUGCUGUGCCUUAAUCGUCGCCACGUUCGUGGGCGUGUUCGGGCUGCUUCAGCUUCGCUCGCGCGGCCUCAUCGCGCUGUACGGGGCCGAGUCCGCCGCUCCAGGCUCGGUCGCGCGCUCCGGCGCCUUCGGACUGAGCAUGAGCCGCAGCAACGUGGUUUUCUACAAGGGCAUCCCCACCAUGUGGAACGAGAACGGGGGCAACAACACGGACUCGGAGAACGACGAGUACGACGUCCAUAACGAAAGGACUGCCUUCAUCAGAACACAAAGUGCUCUUUAACCAUCUCACGCAGCCACUUCGCUUUCUAGCUUCUCCAGGCGUUUUCUUUCCUUCUCUAGCACGGGUUCUUUAUUUUCCUGCUUUUCUCUGGGUUCAGUCCUGCUGUUUUAUUUAUUUUUACACGUUUCUGUUAGCGGUGAGGUGAAGGUCAGGGUCACACCGAACACGCCUGCUUGUUCGGUCACUGUGACUCUAUAGGAAAGCCUCCGAGCACUGAGUGGCUGAAGGGUGGCUACAGAUUCUGCUAUAAUAAAGAACCUAAUCGUCAUUUAGUGUCUUUUUCUUUUUAUUUCAGUCCUACAGCAAAUUGCCCUUUGAGAUUUGAAGGAAUAUUCUGGCAUUUUUGACUUAAACUAUCUGUAUCGUAUAUCUGUACCACAUCUGUAUCAUAGAACAGAUGUUCACAGUGUCAUUUUGUCUUGUACUGAGAAGAGACUGGUGUACACGACACGUAGCGUGGCGUUUUAUUACCCACACGAGUCCAGGAGCCUGAUUUUAAGACCAAAUAAACAUUUGAAUAUAAUAUUUGACGUUAAUAUUUCGAUCUGAUAAAAUGCCGCUGAGAUCUCGAGCUGGAAUUUCAGCUGCUCUACCGACCAUACAAAAUGCCAUCCCUACCAAAAUAGGGGUGAGGAAGGAAAAUAAUAAAUUUAUUCUGAAAAAUAAGCGGGAUAUUCCGCUAGCACACCAGCACCGAGGUUCUGAACUCCUCGGUUUGAAACUCUAGCGUUUCUGCUGGGGUGGGAUGACCGGACUAUGUGGGCGGGGUCUUCAAAACGCUGUGUAAGGACCCUGAUUAGCAGAUAGAGGCGCCUGUGCAGAAUGCACGGGAUAAAAAGGGUUCCGCUACGGACUGCACGUGGGUCGGAGGAGGCGUGAGCAGCAGUAUACCCACCUCGACUGCAAUCAGGGAUCCACCAGCAGCGGAAGACAGAUUGACUACGACAACAUGGGAGAAAAUGCAUAAAUAAAAUAGAUUUGUGAACACUUUGUCUACUUCUGCUCUUAUUUAAUUAUCACAGAGCUUCGGGCUGGUACAUUUUGAGCUCUUUUCUCAGUACAGGAGGACUUGUUGAAAUGUUUGUCUGUGGUAAGCGUACAGAUGCUGAUUACAGAAAUAAGAAACUAAAAUGCUGGAAAGUUCAUCGAGUUAAACUGUAAGUGAAGCAUCAGAGCUGCACGAGGACAGUGUGUGAGAUUAUUAAUUCCAACUGAUUCGUUAGUGGAUCACGGAAUAAAUCAUCAAGGGUCUACAAAGCUGGAUUUUCUAUUUCCUCGUGCUGAGGCCUUUUCUAAACCCUGAGUCUUUAAAUUCACAGAGAUUAACGUGCAGACGUUCGUCCGUGUGACAUUCUACGUCUGUUGUUUUAUUUCUGAAAGCAUCUGACGUGGCAGUAACCGCAUGAUCUGAUAUCUGAUCAUCUCUUAUUAUUUCUGCAGCUCAGCAUCAAGACGGCGCUCGAUUAUAGAUCUUAAUCUCCUGUUUAGUUUCCGUCACCUUUAUAUCAUGUACAUGUGGUGGGUGAUUAACUCCGUAACUCUUUUAACGAAUGAAACAAGGGCUCAAGCUAAAUCAGACGUGAUUCGUUCACAUGCUUCAGGCAGGAAUGGAUUUAUUUAUUAUUAUCGGAUUGUUUUGUGUGGUUUAGUAAAGUCUUUUAGUCUGAGCGAUGACGUCACAGCCGACUCUGUACUAAGAAGACUUUCCACAAGGUUUAGAAGUGUGCCUGUAGAAAUUUGUGCCCAUGUCACAGAAGAGCUACUGGACAAAAUGUGUAGCACACGAUAGAGUGCUCGAUAGCAUUGAGGUCAGAGUUUUAUACAAGCCACCAAACUCAUCAUUAAAUCAUGGUUUUUUUUUUCACCUCGCUUGUGUGCUUGUGUGGUACAAACUAAAGUUUCUCUUAGUGAUUCAUAUACACCUGUUGGCAAGGACUGUGUCCAAGACACCUGAACUCAGUAAUUAGAAGGGGUGUCCACAUACUUUUGCACAUAUAGUCGCCUCAUUUAAAAAAACAGAAGGAAACGGAUGUAAUCGCUCUUAUCAUUUUUAUUCUUUUGUUGUAUUUAAUCAGAGCUGAAUUAGCAGGUCACUUGUUUUUAAAUAUUUCACACACACACACACGUCUUUGCUUUGCUUUUCGCUGCUGUGUUUCCUGUCGCUCAAUCACGUUUCUUUACUGAGUCUGCUGCUGUAAACCGUUGUACCAUUUAAUACAUGGAGACAAAGUGAACACAUUACCAUAAUGCCUCAAAAUCAUUCAGUCUACAGUUUGUUUUAUUAUUUUUGUUUGUUUGUUCGUUUGUUUGUUUGGUUUGUGGUGGUGGUGGGGGACUGUACACUUUGGAGAAAUAGGAUUUUAUUCUCAGUCCUUCUUUAUUUAAUCGGUUAAAUUGGGAGUUCUACAUUUGAGUAAAUUCUAGUUUAGGAAAUCAGACAUUCCCCGACGUAAUUCCACCCUGCCUGGAGGGAUUCUCCUCCUCUCGGAAACUUUAGGAUUGUUUACUUUACUUCUUUCUUACCUCAGAAAUUGUUUCUUUUAUUUAGCACAAUAGCAUUUUGUUGUAUAUGUUGUACUUGUAUAUAUUCACGAUUUUGUUCAUGUUUUCCUCCUUGAGUCUGUCGAGUUCAGUACAUAAAUCCACUGCACAAUCACACACACUAAAGAAAUACAUGACAUGCAGUACAUGUUAACAUACACCAGAUCAGUUUAACUAGAGCUCUUUAUUAGGAAAGGUUCAGAUAUGUCAUGCUAAAAUGCAUUCAGGUGUUUCAUUUCUGUCUUGGUUUGGUUCUGUCGGAUCAAAAGUCCAACAUGAUGUAAAGCUCUUACCUGAUUGGAUAAACUGAGGCUGCCGAGGAUCCCUGAUAAUAUGAGCCCAAAAUGUCACCGUGAAGUGAAGAACAAGUGAAGAAGUUUCAACCCUGUUUGAGCCACUAUGAGAUUUAGCUGAUUAUCCUGUGAGGUUGUAUUUUUAUACACUGGCUCAUAUACAGAAUUCUAAUGUAUAACUCACUGGAGGCAGAGAAUCUGAAACGCUCCAGCAGAACCCACAUCAGGUUUUGGGAGGCUGAUUCUGUGUUCGGUUCUUCCCCCAGAUGUGAAAUAUCUUAUAAAAUCACGGCUGGUUCUGCCAGACUGGUUCUUUAUGAAAGUCCAGGCCAUGCAGGUGACUAAAACACUUUAUAAUUAAUUCAGUUUAGCAUUGUGUUGGUUUCUGGUCAAGGACGCUGGGUUUGGUGGAUUUUCAUGUCCCAGUCAUGUGAACCUGGUCUGUGUGAGGUGAACGUGGCUCGGGUCCCAGUCGUGUCCCCCACUGAGUCUCUCACAUCGAGCUUUUCUCCAUCCGCCCAGUUCUAAUGAGAACCCGCAUCCAGACUUUGAUGGAUCUGAGAUAGGAUUAGACUACAUUCAUGUAAACCGUUUUUUUUGCUGCAUUAUUAUCAUGUAAUUUAAAAACCUUUUUUUAUUUUACCUUUAUUUAAUUGUUGUCUAUAUGAAUUAUUAAUUCUAUAAAAAAUAAAGAUCUAUGCAAAUUAUAA